CUGUGCUCUGCGCGCAACAGCAACGCCGCGCCGCGGCCCCGAUCAGGAAGUGAAUUUGAAGAAAAUAAGCGACUGUGGAGGUAGAAUGACAUAGAGGGGGAGAGGUGGGAGAGAAGCAAGCGGAGAAAGAAGAGACUAACGGAGGGAGGGAUCGACCCUGUUUCUGGACCUGUAUUGAGCUGCUUCCCUCUGGGAUAUACUGCACCGCCAAAAAAUGCUCAUAAAGGAAUUUCGAGUGAUUCUUCCUAUCUCUGUGGAGGAGUACCAGGUUGGCCAGCUGUACUCUGUGGCCGAGGCCAGUAAGAAUGAGACGGGUGGAGGAGAAGGAGUGGAGGUGCUAAAAAAUGAGCCCUACGAGAAAGAGGGAGAGAAGGGACAGUACACACACAAAAUUUACCAUUUGCAGAGUAAAGUGCCGUCAUUCGUCAGAAUGUUGGCUCCAGCUUCAGCUCUCAACAUCCAUGAGAAAGCCUGGAACGCAUACCCAUACUGUCGCACAGUUAUCACUAACGAGUAUAUGAAAGAUAACUUCCUGAUCAAGAUUGAGACAUGGCACAAACCUGACAUGGGACACCAAGAAAAUGUACACGGCUUGGAUGCAGAAACCUGGAAAAAGGUGGACGUAGUCUAUAUUGAUAUUGCGGACAGAGGCCAAGUGGAGCCAAAGGACUAUAAGCCAGAAGAGGACCCUUGCAGGUUCAAGUCAGUGAAGACAGGACGAGGGCCUCUAGGACCAGACUGGAAGAAGGACCUUCCUAACAGGACAGACUGCCCACACAUGUGUGCCUACAAACUGGUUACUGUCAAAUUCAAGUGGUGGGGCCUGCAAAAUAAAGUGGAGAACUUCAUUCAAAAGCAAGAGAAGCGUUUGUUCACUAAUUUCCACCGUCAGCUGUUCUGCUGGAUCGACAAGUGGAUCGAAUUGAACAUGGACGACAUUCGUCGCAUGGAGGAGGAAACGCGCAAGGAGCUAGAUGAGAUGAGAGUGAAGGACCCAGUGAAAGGGAUGGUGGCUAUAGAGGACUGAGGUUGUAUCAGACCGUGAAUGCUGCUGCUCAUCAGACCAGAAUACCCAGACACCAGCGGAUUCACAUCCUCCUUCUGUUCCAACUGAUACAACACCUGACCGGCCGGUCCAAACUCGUCCUCCCUCGUUACAAUCUGGUUUUCAGGGACCUGGACCCAGUAAACUCCCAGUUUUUCAGCUGAUCUCCUCUACCCCACUCCACCUUCCCCUUGAGUCCCAGCCAUCUCUAUUUGUUUUUCCAUCCAGUGUCCCCAUCUUAUUAACUGCUCUGAGGCCUCCAGUAGCAACACUAUAGAUCUUGUCAGUCAGUCCUCUCUUUCUCUCUCUCAGUCUCUAAGCUGUUCUAAACUACAGAGAAUAGUGUCAUUUAUCUCUGCAAUUUAGGAUUUAUUUCUAUUUAAGAUAUCCCAAUAUGUAUAUACAAUAUACAGUAUAUCGGGGAGCUGAAUAAUUGUAUUGAAAUAUAUAUAUAUAAAUAUAAAUAUAUAUAAACAGGGUUUUUAAAUGAUUUUGUCCGUACGUUUGUCUGUGGAUGUUUAUUUUUCCAGACCAAGCUGUAUCUGCCCGGUGUUACGUUUUAAUCCUGUGAUUUUUUUUUCUUCUUUUCUUUACAAUUUUCUGUCUCUUUUUUCUUUUUUUGGAUUUGUCAUAGUACCUCCUUCUCUCCAUUUGUGUCAUGCUUCGUGCAGUUUUUCCUUUUGUUGUUCAGAUCAAUUUGCAAAUCUACAAACCACAGCUACAAGGUUGCGAUUGUGCUAAGAGUGUUACGUUGUCUUUGUUAUUCUCCUGACCUGCCAGAUAGGAUUUUUUCCCAGUAUCUCCCUUAAUAUGUUGAGGCAUUCAUUGGCUUUUCUGCUGCUUUGUGAGUUUGUGUGUGUGCACUUCUGUUUGUGUGUGUUUGUGUGUGUGUGUGUGUGUGUGUGUGUGUGUGUGUGUGUGUGUGUGUGUGUGUGAGUGUGUGUGUGUGUUUCUGUAGCGUCUAUAGGUAAUCAAGGUUUCCAGCCAUAUUUUUACAUUUUUCCAUCACCAGAACAUUUCUAGCUCCUCAGUUUCAUCAGGCUGUUCAAACAGACUGCUUCAAAGUGCAGUAAUUGAAGAAGAUCACCUCUGAAUACAAAUAUACAGUGAUGCGCACACACACACAUACAUACACAGAGGGAGUGAUAGUCUACAAAGAUAGAAGAUAAACUGUAUAACUCUACAAUGGAAAAUGCACAGUAGACAACUAGAACAGCCAUAAACAAGUGUAGAACUGUCUCUUUUUUCUUUAUGUGACUGACGGUCUUUUUGUCUGUAGGCUUCACAUCCUUUGAAAGUAAAACUUAACGCGAUCUGCAUCAACUUUUGCCCCGUCACCCAUUCUGUCAUUCCUCCAGUGGAUAAAUGGUAUUAUCCAGCAAUAGCAAUAACUACCAUGACACGUUGGUCUUUCCUUUAUCAUCGCAAAUCUAUCUUACUCUAUAGUUUAUUCCUGUCGUGACAACAGUUUUAGUGAAGCAGAGUUCAAGCUGAAAGUCAAGGAUGUUUAAGUUGUUGGUUAAUUAUUUAUUAAAUGCUGGUUUUAUUGUGUCUGUCUUUCGAUGAGGCGGGUUGUCUCCCGCUGGAAUCUGAAGACUGUUAUUUGUGACAGUGUGGUUUUUCAGUAUAUGCAUGAGUGUACAUGAGUGAUGUACAGUGGCUUGUCUUUGAAGAGAUCUGAUGCUGGCUGGAUAAAGAAUGGAGCAUGUAAUGGAGCUAGAGGAGUGAUAACAACAGGCACUAUCCCUCUUCCAAUUGUUGAUGUUUGGCCUCCUUUGUCACCUUUGUUUUCCUCUUUUCCAUCCUUUGUAUACUUCACAUCCUCCAUAUAUUUUAACAGUGUGGAAACUUAGAUGAGAAAGCAACAGAAACCAUCAAAUAGCCAUUGCUAUAAUGCUGAGACAGGUCACUCACAGUUAAUACUUUUGGAUUAUGAAAAAGAGUCUCACGACCAAAAAACUGCCAUCAGAAUUUUGCAUUAAUGACUUAAUAUUAAAGGGGAUUAUUUUCAAAUCUCCAGUAAAUUUAAGAUAUUUACUUUUAAUUUGAAAAAAAAAAAAAACAAUAUAUGAAUAUAACAAUAUACACAAAUUCUAUUAUUACAAAAGGCAUAAUUAAACACAUUUGUGUGGAAUCUGAUUCGAUGUUAAACGGUAUGAAAAUCAGUUCCACUGAAGGGCUUUCUAUUGGCAAGAACUUUAUAAAAACGUAUCAAAUCUGGUUUUUAAUAAAAAGUCUGUACUGGUCCAAUGUUUAUAUAAUUUUAUUUCCUUGUUUUUAGUAUUUUCUUUAACUUUUUAGUGAUCUGAAUGUAGCCGCAAAUGCUGCUUCUCUACAACAAUACUUUUUUAUAAAUUUUAGGACAGCUCUUGGGAAGAAUCUGAAAGAAAUGCACUUACAGUACAGAAAUAGGAAAUUAGUUAAGUCAAAUAGGUGGCAUUAUAUCUUUGAUAUUAUAUAUUUAUUUAUUUAUUUGUCAUAGUGAACCACCUGAGCUGCUUACAGCAUUGAUUCUUUUUUAGGGAGCAGCAAUGACACAACACUAUCUCUUCAAGGGCCUCUUGAAUUACACACACUGUCAUCAACUUUCCAAAAUUCAUAUAUUUUCCCUCAGAUUUCUAGCAGUGACAUUCAGAUGUACCUGUAUUAAUCAGAAGAUCCACUUUACUGUGUCAAUUAAAUUUGCUCAGUCUUUAGCAAAACAACUCUAGUUGGCCCUUGCUGUCUGUUUGUUUCACAGUGAAACAUAAAAUUUAAUUGACAAAAUCAUUUGACAAAAUAAUAUUUGAGCAGUGUCCCUGUGCAGUCAUUAUCCCCUACAUGUACUGAAUGUGGUCUGUUUUGAGCUGAAGCACAGCAGCCAUUAAAUUCAAAUUCAAAUUUCUUUUAAAAAGGCAGUUUAAAACUGCUCUGGACCUUAAAAGCAAGUGUUCAAGCAUUAUAGUUCAGACUUGCUGUGGUGAAACUUACUUUCUAACUUAAAAAAUCUCUUUUUAUCCAGCCUUUUUAUUCAUCUUGUGACACACCCUUUCAUGUCUAAGUUUCUAAACCCAUCGUUUUGAGUCUCUUUCUGUUGCUUCCUCUUGAAAGAAAACACACUGGUCCCGGAUGUUUGACUCCUCCACCUCUCUCUGUGUCCAUCAAGCAUCUCAUUCACUGUCUGUGAUGGGGCUACCAACUGAAUCAUGGAGAUUUGUGGAUGUACUGUAUGUACUGACUUUGUAAAUAGCAAAUAAAUUAAUGUAGAUGAACACAUAUAUAUAGACCAGACUGUCCUGCCAAACCUACAGCACACCGUCUUGACACUUGAUCCUCUUAUUCCCAUCGCUAAAUCUUCAGCAUUACAUAGACCACAGUGACCAAGUUGCUCUCACAGAGUUAUUAAUGUGAGGAUAAGUAGAGUUGUAGUUGCUGAAAUGUAGCGCUGAUAAGACAUUUUGAGGAGUACUGUCAGCUGUAGACAUAAUUAAUGCAUUCUUUCAUAUUGUUAGAGAUGAUUUUGCUGCAGAUUUUAGCAAAGCAGCAGAGUGCUGAGUUGCUGUGUGGUUUGAAGUUGGAGAAAAAAAAAUUAAAAGCAAAGCAAAAACCCUGAUCACUACUUCCCGUCCUUGUCACGUUCUUCCCUCACAGGGACCACGUCUCAUUGGCAGGACAGUGUAUAAAUAUAUAUUUUUGUUCUGAAUGUUGUUGUACCUCUGUUGUCAGUCUCUGAACUACACUUGCCUCUCUCAUGGAAAAGGAACAUACAACGGCAGCUUGGGUCAGUUCAUUGAUCCGCGUUAUUAGCUGGUGGUGUCAGCCCUAAGUGGAGCCUCAGUGUGAGUUUAGAUUUUGUUCUCUCGUGGUUAGUGAUGGGGAUUAUUCCACAUUUAGGAGUAGCUUCGACCGGGUGCUGCAGGGUUGGAGUUUACAGCUACACAAAUAUAUAUUUAAAAAAAAAGGCUGUUUGAAAACAGAUACUGACAGUAAAUCAAUUUUAAGAGCCUGAAGAGACACCAUAUUAACCUGUGAGAGAACAUGGUUUAACAGAGACAAUCUCAUAGAUAUCUGUUGUUAGAUUCCUCAAUUUAUAAUCAGAGUAUGAAACCAAAUGAUUCCACAGUCCCAAACUGUUUUUAAAUUGUUAAAUCUCUCUCUCUUUCUCUCUCUCUCUCUCACUCCUGUUAACUUGUCUCCUGUUUUUUUUCUUUCUUUUAUUGUGAAUUUGUGCCUUUUUGUCAUCUUAUCUUCCAAUAACACUACUGUACAUUGGAGACGUAAAGAAAUGAAUAAAAAGAAGCAAAGCAACUGUA